AUGGUACAUUUUUCCAACAUUCUUAAAGCCGCUGCUUUUCGCACUGUCAUAAUCGGAGCACCAGGGUCGGGCAAAGGCACGGUGUCGUCUAGGAUUGUUAAGACUUUUGGGGUUAGUCACAUAUCUACUGGAGACAAACUUAGGGACCACGUGACACGUGCUACUGACUUAGGUAAACAAGCCUCCAAGUUUAUGAAUGAAGGAAGUCUGGUACCUAAUGAAUUAAUUAUCGAUCUUGUUGCGCAUGAAAUUAGUGCUAUCAAUGGUGCUAAUUAUUUAUUAGAUGGAUUUCCAAGGACAAUAGAACAAGCAAAAAAAUUACAAGAAAAAUUUCCAGUUAAUUUAGUAUUAAAUUUGAUAGUACCCCAUGAAGUAAUAAUUGAACGAGUACGUAAUAGAUGGGUACAUCUAUCCAGCGGACGUGUUUAUAAUAUUGGUUUUAAUGAUCCUAAAGUACCGGGAAAGGAUGAUGUUACCGGAGAACCCUUGAGCCAAAGAAUCGACGACCGACCAGAAGUCGUUGCUAAAAGGCUCCAAAAUUAUGUACUGAAAACCGAGCCAGUUAUUAAUUAUUAUAAGACAUUAGGUAUCGUGGGAGAUUUCAAAGGAAACACCACUAACGAAAUUUGGCCUAAGAUUAAAGAACACAUUGAGAAAUUUAUCUCUUCUAAAUAAUUAAUUUUUUAUUACAAAAAAAAUAAUGUAGAUUGCUGUAUGUACAAUUACGUACCAAUUUACAGUCACUUUGUUAGGAUACUUACGUAAGUGGUACCAUUUUAGUCAGGAUACAAUAAGACAUCGAAUAUUAGUACAAGUUAAUUAAUAGAUUUAAUUAGACUAUUAAUGAUAAUUAUUAUUUUAAUUUUAAUUAUUCAUUUUAAUUCACGGGUUUAAAUUUUUAAUCAAA